AUGAGUGCUACUCCAACCAGAGAGUUGGAUCAGCAUACGAAAUCUUCACCAACCAAAGCAUCCCAGCCAAAGUCUUUUCAUGCAAUUACUACACCAUCCCCUACUGAUUCGGAGUCAAUUACCAAAGAAAAAAAGCCAUCACCAUCUAACCCCGAAUUUGUAUCCAACUGGAAGAAUUUUAAUGUUGGUGACACCAAAUACAUUCAUCACGGUCACCUGUCACUGAUAGCUUCAUCAGCAUUGAAAAGCGAAACCAAAGCAAAACCUGAUAAACUUUCAAGUCCUAUUACCAAAGUAUCUUCUAACAAAAUUAUAAUAGACAAAACUAUCUCAAACAUGUUAGGGCUUUCUGAAGAAACAAUUGAAGAGAAAUCAAUUUGGCCAUACAAGAUGGAAACAUUAAAUGGAAUCAUUAGUCUUAAAAUUGAAGAAGAAAAAACUAAACAAGAAAACAUAAAGAAGGAUUUGGCAAACACUGCAAUUGAGUUGCUUACGUUGGCAAAAUCAUUAAAUGUUCCUGGAGAACUAAUUUCAUACUUAUUCAUAUCCGAUUCGGUGACAAGCAAUAGUUUAAAUGCCACUAUUUCUAAAAUCCGCAAUGAAACCCACCAGCUGUUUCUCAAAGAUCUAUCGGAAAAAUCGAAAAUGGAUUCAAUUAUUGGCAUCAAAAGAAAGCAUUCUAGUACUAGCAUAAAGAGCAGCGGCAGUGCACUUGUGUCCCCCUUGAGGUCACCAAAAAAGCUUCCACUGGAGAUUGCACAUCGUCGGGUCGUUUCGGAUGGAAGUGACGAAAUCAGCAAUAAAUCAAUGUCCAAAAUGAGCUCACCCCCACAACCACCAUCACUUCCAUUACCAUUACCACCCACAUCAGUACAUAAUCAGCAACCACCACCGCAACUUUUACCAUCACUGCAAUUUGUCACUCAUCCAGGAACUCAAAAUCAACUGCAACUGCAUGUACAUCUGCCUUCUUUACCCCAACAAUUGGUGCCACCAAUGUAUCCUAUAUUUUAUACCCCUCAACAAUAUAACCAACAACAGUCGCAACUGACACAGCAACCACAUUCACUGCCAAACACUACUCAAGAUGGUAGUGGAAAGGUACAAGAUUCUCCUUUUGCACAGAAAUAUCAAGUGGUUUAUCCAGGACCUUAUACUGGCGGCCCUAAUUUUGUACAUCAACAAUACCCUUAUUACGUUUCAUCGUCACCAGCCCAAGCUUCACAGCAAUAUAUUAUACCACCAGUAGUGGGGCAGCCCCACCUACAACAACAACAACAACUAUCAACACAACCACCUGCUCAGCCAAAACAACAACAACAACCAGUACCAUCUCAUCAUUUUGAGUCACCUGACAAAACAACUGGCAAAUCUGAGGACGAUACCACACCUAAUAAAAGACAUAAGAAUUCUAAAGGUGGUAGUAUAAAUUUCAUGAUCACUACACCCAAGAAUCCACCAAAAAAAAGGUACAACAAUUCAUCCAGUAAAUAG